AUGAAAAAGGAAAUUGACAAGACCGUCCUUUACAUGCCGGAUGCAAACACGUCCCUGAAAGUCGAACUGCCCUUCGACUUCAAGGUAUACGGCCACAAUGUCAGGAAAAUGGAGGUGUUGCGAGAGGGAGGAAUUCAGUCACUCGACCCAAACCUCAACUGGGAUGCAAUUCCUCUGAGGAUUAAAUCAGUUGACGAAUUUACGCAAUGCCCAAUUAGAUUUCUAUUCGAUGAUCUCUCGCUUGCAAUCCAGUGGGAAUUCGGGUACAAUAAUAAUUGCCAAAAUGGAACCGAGCUGAGCUUCCAAAUGAGCAUUCACGCGAAUGGCAGAAUUGACUUCGUCUAUAGGAAAAUUCCUUUCGGAAACUUGGAAGAUGUUGCCGACAUUUUUGGUGUGAGCUUCGAAUUCAAGGUGCCAGGAUCGAACGAUACUUUCGAUCUGGGUCUGCAACUACAAGUCAACGAAAGGAACAUCAAGAACAACACCUCCAUCGUGUCAGUGCCUAUGUUGCUGUGCCCAAAUUACCUGAACAAAAGCAGCUGCCUGGUCGAAGCGAGACAUGCGAAUCCUCCGCUCUUAUGCCACUGGUGCCCUUCGAUCGGAAUCUGUUCCAGCAGGAAUGACUUCCUUAAAGGGACCUGGGAGGAAUAUGGCUGUGACGGUGAGCCUCCUGAACCAGGAAUAGACACCUCAGUUAACACCCGGUACUAUAAACAGAGCUCCGGCGGCGGCAACGUGCAGAUCGUGCAAUCGCACCUGCAGCAGGGCGAGUUGGACCACAAGCAAACUUCCGUGUGGCCGUUCAGCUAA